UCACGGUGAGUGAGUGGGCGUGUGCCGCAGUUCACUACUUUGGAAUACAGGAACAUCACCGCAUUUGGGAUAUUUGACUCAGACUCAGCAAUGCCCUGUGUACAAACACAGCACGUAUCCCUGAGCCACGACAGCCACUUCAGCUCCGACUCGUUCGGCCCCGACCUCGGCGCCGAACCGGCGAUGGACAUCGGCGGCGGCCAGAAGGAGCAGCUGUCGACGUCGUUGUUACCCAGCAUCAAUACCUUAGUGGGGAACGGCUACCUAGGGGAAUUCGAUGCUUUUUCUUGCAAGAUUCCCAGCUCGCCUUCCGCGUCUACUCUUUCGUUCGCUCACGCUUCAGUGGGCGAGAGUUCAGAUUGCCAGAUGCAGAACCAAGCCUACAGGCUGGAUGAGCUCCAAGUGUACGGCUGUUACCCGGGCUCCUUCACGCUGAGCUGCGUCGACGAAACGCUGUCGUCGUGCGGCUCCGACUACUACGGCAGUCCGGGGUACCCCGCCGCCUCCCCUCCGGCGGCCGCCGGCUUUCAGACACUCUGCGCGCCCUUGUGGGACUCCCCUUUCGGCCCCUACAAUCCGGCGGAAAAGCCGGCCGCCUUUUUCCCCUUCGGCCCCGCGCCCGAACAUCAGCGCUCGCCCGCGCCGCCCCGCCGGGACGCGCGGCUCGGGCAGAACGAGCCUUUCUUCGCGUCCCCUCAGCAGCAAGCGUCUUCGCUCCAUUGCCCUCCGGCGGCCGCCGAGCACGGCGGCCGCUUCGCGGAGGGGUCGUCCAAAAUCCACAACCCGGCUUUGAGCGAAGGCCGCUGCGCCGUGUGCGGAGACAAAGCGUCCUGCCAGCACUACGGCGUUCGCACCUGUGAAGGCUGCAAAGGUUUUUUCAAACGAACAGUGCAGAAAAAUGCCAAGUACGUUUGCCUGGCCAAUAAAGACUGUCCGGUUGACAAGAGGAGGAGGAACCGUUGCCAGUUCUGCCGUUUCCAGAAAUGUCUUACUGUGGGAAUGGUCAAAGAAGUGGUCCGAACAGACAGUCUGAAAGGUCGCCGGGGUCGCCUGCCGUCCAAACCCAAGACGGUGGCUGAGGCUUCCUCCACUACCCCUAACGUCAACAUCAUUUCCUCAUUAGUACGAGCUCACUUGGACUCCAACCCGACCAUUGGCAAACUGGACUACUCCAAGUAUCAGGAGACGGCGGACAACGUAUCAGAGAAGGAGGAUGCCGGUGACAUCCAGCAGUUCUACGACCUCCUUACCGGAUCAUUGGAAGUCAUUAAAACCUGGGCCGAAACCAUCCCGGGAUUCUCGGACUUUUGCGCGGAGGACCGGCAGCUUCUUCUGGAGUCGGCUUUUGUCGAGCUCUUCAUCCUUCGCCUGGCGUACAGGUCCAACCCGGAGAAGCGCAAGCUGAUCUUCUGUAACGGAGUGGUUCUCCACCGGCUGCAGUGCGUUCGUAGUUUCGGGGACUGGAUGGACUCCAUCGUGGAUUUCUCCCGGAGCCUUCACCGCAUGAACUUGGACGUCUCCCAGUUCGCGUGCCUUUCGGCUCUGGUCAUCAUCACCGAUCGCCACGGGCUGAAAGAACCUAAACGUAUCGAAGACUUCCAAAGCAACCUCAUCUCUUCCUUGAAGGAACACGUGAGCGGAAACCGAUCGGAAAGCGGCCGAAGCCAGCCCAAUUAUCUCUCUCGGCUUCUGUGUAAGCUCCCGGAACUGAGGACUCUUUGCACGCAAGGCCUGCAGCGCAUCUUCUACCUAAAACUGGAAAACCUUGUACCCCCUCCGCCGAUCGUGGAUAAAAUCUUUAUGGAUAUCUUACCCUUCUGAACACAAAAGGGGGAGGAAAGGAAUGCACCUUAUGUGACUUUGCCGGUGCUGAAAAGCACUUUACGUACACGUCGCCCGAUAACGGGGACCCUACCUAAAUCUUGAAACAUGCAUGCGGAAUCUUGAAAGAUUGGCACCCCAUUCGACCGUCGGAGGCCCAACGCGGCGCCCGCCGAAGAACCACCUCUGUGUGUUAUGAUGAUGAUGUCCUCAUGUUAUAUUAUGUACAAUAUGUGUUUGGGUACUACAGCGGAGCUAUAUUUUUAUGUAUAUUGAGUGUGCAUUGGCAAAAGGGCUUUAUUGCUGUGCUAAUAUAAAAUGUUGCCAUGCUAUGCAGCAGAAAGAAACAUGUUCAAUGAAAACUGCAAACACCCACACAUCUCUUAAGUAGUUUUUUUUUUUUUUUUUCACCUGUCCCACUGAGAAGACAACAGUCAACUUUCGCAAAAGGGAAAAUGGACUUUGAAAACGGGAUGUGGAUGGUGAUGUUGCUUGCGAAAGGGCCCAAAUAAUUAACGCCUGUUUUAUAUAAAAAGUGUGUCUUACAGUAACCAUCCUUGUGGCCUUAACCUAAAAAAAUGUUACCUUAUUGUGCUCCACAAACACAAUGAUGAAUGAGCAGUGAAUUAUUAUUAUUAUUUUUUUUUGAAAGUGCCUUUGCAAAACUCCUUACCCUUCCGCUAAUGUCAAUGUCAUUCCUUAUAUCACAUACAAUUUUCCCUGAUUGCUGAAUCCAAAUUGUGAGUUGAAUACAGUACCAACGUGACAUAGCGUAUCAACCAAUGAGAGGUACUUUACAGCAGGGGUCCCCAACGACCGGGCCGCGGACCGGUACCGGUCUGUGGCGCAUUUGGUACCGGGCCUUGCAGAAAUAAUCAAUAAUUUAUUAAUGACUGCAUUCUGGUCGAUUGACUUUGGCCUGUGCCGCUCAACACACCAAUAUCCCUGUCAACUCUAGAUAUACAACUACAGGAUAGAAGGUUGUCAUAGAAAUGCAUUGAUUGGACUGGUAGCUGUACAUCUUGUUUUGUAUAUCUAUGUGCGCUCGGCCUCGAUAAUAACGUAUGACAUAGGUCGUGGGCCAUCACAUUUGUUCCCGGAAAUAAUUAGCCCCCACGCUAGAAUGAUUGAAAACCAGAUGUCUUUGGACAGAUUUUUUACGGGGAAAAGGGCACCUGACGAGCCAGAAGAUGAGCCUACAACCUCGAAGAAAACAAAAUCUACGCUACUUCCCAGUCACUAAAGACCCACGAACUGCGAAGGAGUGAAUUCUUGACCCGUAUGUGAAUAAACCGAGUGAUUCGAGCAUAUCUGUGCAACAGGAAUAUCAGCUUGUAGAGAUCGCAAAUCACGGCGACCUUAAACGUACAUUUGAGACAACAACUCUACCGAGGUUCUGGAUUAAAGUCAUUUCGGAAAUAGUUUUUUAGCACCGUUGGAGAAGAUUGAAAGUCCAACUGAAUAUAAAAGAGGGCUUUUUUCACUGCCACAAAAGCUUUGGGAGCAAAAUUUUAUAAGGGUGCAAAAUUUGACAGAACACCGGUCCGUAGUGCAAAAAAGGUUGGGGACCCCGGCUUUACAGUGCAGUGGACAAUGUCUACAGACUCAUUAGUGAACUUCCAUUGGAAGCUAUUUGAUAUCAUUGGAAUGUGAGAUUUUUUCACUUCUGGUUCCUCACAACUUGAAAAUGAACAUUGACCAGUGACAUUCAUUCUUCUGUUAUACUUUUAUUUCCCCUGAUUUGAUUUGAAGUCAAGCACACAAAUAACAGCUGUCAAACAGUAUGCAACCAGGCUAUGAGAUACCAUACAUUUCAUUCGUGGAGAACGAUGCUUUUCACAAUGCAUAAGCGGUCCCACGGGGAGUAUAUUUGAUA